AUGAUUGUGACGGAUACUUGUAGCAAUUACAAGCUCGCCCUCCGAAAUCGUAGCCUGCAGCUGCGACAGGCGACGAGGACCAUUCUUCUGAACUCCAACGUAUCCCCGACUCCCAAGAUGCAAAGAAGUUGGGCGAACAAACGUACCAGCAAAGGCCCUCAAGUGGAAGACAACACGACAUUGCGCGACAAGCGCACAGGUACCUUUACUCACACCAGGUCCUAUCGAGUGCAAGAUCGCUUCCUCCAUCUGAACGGGCAAUGGGCCUACGAACCGCAAGUCGUAGCCCUUCUGCACAAUGGCACACCCACAUCCAGGGCCCUACCAACAGGCUUAGACGAGUCUACCAAGAGUCUCAGCAUCUGCCUCACCAGUGACGGCCGCAUCCGACCGGUCAGCCACCAGGAGAGCCCCGGGGUGUUUGAGUCGUUGUUCCAGUCUGGCGAUGGCGGAGGGCACUCCGCGGCCUCAGCGCCCCUGCCGGACAGGCCAACGGUCAAGGAGGUGCUCGCUGCAGGCCAUCAGCUGCUAGACUUGCGAGUGCCAGGCACGAACCUCGAGGAGCAGCUGACCCUCCUGGGCGGAGGGAAGAAGCUGCUUCUGCGGGCCUUUUCCGAGGAUACCCCUGCCGCGGAGCCCAUCGUCCGACGUUGCAACGGCUGGGGCGAGGUGCUGGAGCACGUGCUUGGAGUUCUGAAAACUGGGGCGGAGUCUGUUAACCUCGUCCUGGGCUAUGAGAUGCUUCAGCUGAAGUACGACAAGAUGGAUGUCGUCAACGAAGCGGAGCACAGAAAGAAGCUCUGGAUCAUCACGCACUAUGCCUGGGGGCCUGUCCGCUACUUCCGGCUCUGGCCCGAGCCGGACACCCUGCAGCCAUACCUGGACAGCAUGGUCGAUCCCAGGAACGCCCGGAAGGUGCAGGAGUCGAUCCUGCGGCAGCUGCGCAGGGCCAACGCCUUGCCGCAGGAGGUGGAGCGUUUCAUCGAAAGCACGGGCGGUGAAGGCUCGGACAAGGUGUUUCCGGUCGAGGUUUGGUCUCCCCGGGCAAAAGCAUACAUCACGCCUUCCGUUCUUGGCGGGCGUGAUGCUACAUCAGACCUGGACAUUCUUGAUCGACAGCAGCCAAGCUUCACUGAGAGCGUCGAAACAGCGAUGAGAAAGUUCUAA